GGGCGGGCAGGGCGGGCGCAGGGAAGGGAAGAUGGCGGAGGAGGAGAAGCUGCCCCCGGGGUGGGAGAAAAGGAUGAGCCGCAGCUCCGGCCGGGUUUAUUACUUCAACCACCUGACGAACGCCAGCCAGUGGGAGCGGCCGCACGGCUCCGGCUCCGGCGGCUCCGCGGGGUCGGCGCGGUCGGAGCCGGGGCGGGUUCGCUGCUCCCACCUCCUGGUGAAGCACAACCAGUCCCGCAGACCCUCGUCCUGGAGGCAGGACAAGAUCACCCGCUCCAAGGAGGAGGCCCUGGAGCUCAUCAACGGUUAUAUCCAGAAGAUAAAAUCAGGAGAGGAGGAUUUUGAGUCCUUGGCUUCCCAGUUCAGCGACUGCAGCUCGGCCAAGGCCGGAGGGGACCUGGGAGCCUUUGGGAGAGGGCAGAUGCAGAAGCCGUUCGAGGACGCGUCGUUCGCGCUGCGGGCGGGCGAGAUGAGCGGCCCCGUGUUCACGGAUUCAGGGAUCCACAUCAUCCUCCGCACGGAGUGAAAGUGCCUUUGGGGCCCGGAGAGGGAGACACGAGGGGGGGAACGGAGUCCGACCCCCUCCCACCCCACGAACUCCAUCGCCACUCCCGAUCCCAAAAAACCCCCCUGCUCUGUCCCACGGCUCAAACCUCCCGGGACACCUCGGCGCCGGAAAGGGAGGGGGCGGCUCCCGGGACGGGGCGUCGGCGUCUUCCCGAGGGCGGGAAAACGGGGAAUUCCGGGGGGUUUGGGGAGGGUUGGGCUGUCCUGACCCGGCUCCGGGCGGUCCCGGCUCGGCAUUCCCGGCUCGGCAUUCCCACCUCCGGCUCGCUGGGGGUUGGGUUGGGGCGUGGCACCGGGGGCGGGGGCGGAGAUGACGAUGGGGACAAUGACACGAUGAUGAUGAUGGUGAUGACAAUGACAAUGACGUGACAGGGCUGACAAUGACAAAGACCAUGAUGAUGAUGACGCAGCCGUGGUGUUGCCGUGACGAUGAUGACGUUGACAGUGACCUGGUGACGGUGAUGAUGUUGACAAUGACCAUGAUGGUGAUGACGAUGGUGACACCAUUCACGAGGAUGAGGAUGAUGUUGAUGACCACGUUGACAUUGACAAUGACAAUGGUGAUGACAAUGGUGACGUUGACCACAACAAUGGUGACAUUGGUGGUGAUGAUGUCAUUGGCAAUGACGUCAUUGACAGUGACGAUGACGUUGACAGCGUUGACGACGCCGAAGGUGCCGCGGCCGCUGGUGCUGGGCCAGCCCAACCCUUUGCAUGUUGAUUUAACUCAUUUCCCCCGUUUGGCCCCAAACGAGCCCAACCGAAGCGUCUCCGCCCGCGCUGGACCCGGUCAAUUAAAGCCAUUCCUUAAUUAAUCCCUUGAGAUCCGAGCUGAUGGGGGCGUGUCCAUCCGUGUCCCCGCCCCCGCCGCCCAUCCCGGCUCAUCCCCCGGGAUCUUCCCAUCUCCUCCCGUUGCUUCGACUCCAAAACUUGAAUUUGCCUUUUCUUUGGGUCCCCGGGAGCCGGGAUCGGAUCCGGAGGGAUCGGAAAACCGGCGGGAAUUGGGGUUUUCCGGCCCUGGAUUUUCAGGUUGGGCUUAAAAACCGUGGGUUUGGGGUUGUUUGUUUGUUUGUUUGGGGGUUUUUUUGUUGUCGUUUUCCGGUUGCUUCCGUUUCAGUGGAAUAAAAACCCGGAAAAAUCCGUCGAUCCCAGCUUUUGGUUUUUGUUUGUGAACCAAACCAGCUGAACAGUCCCGGUCUCCAGCUGCCAAUAAAACCCUCUCCAGUUAAA